CAGGGAGCGGGAGAGAGUGCGCGUGGCGAUCUCACUUGCAGUGUUUGGAAGCCUUCCAUGUGCGCUGCAUGGAUGGUGAAUUCUUACUGUACAUCCUGUAAACGCGGCAAGGAAUCAACAUGUCCAACCCUCCCCACGACCCGUUCUACUCGUCCCCGUUCGGACCGUUCUACCGGAGACAUUCGCCGUAUAUGGUGCAACCUGAGUACCGAAUCUAUGAGAUGAACAAACGCCUACAGUCCCGGACGGAGGAGAGUGAUAAUCUGUGGUGGGACGCCUUCGCUACUGAGUUCUUCGAAGAGGAUGCCACGUUGACCCUGUCCUUCUGCCUGGAGGAUGGACCAAAGAGAUACACCAUCGGCCGGACCCUCAUCCCUCGCUACUUUAGUACGGUGUUUGAAGGAGGAGUAACAGACCUCUACUACAUCCUCAAACACUCCAAAGAGUCCUUCCACAACUCCUGCAUCACGGUGGACAGUGACCAGUGCACCAUGGUCACCCAGCACGGCAAGCCCAUGUUUACCAAGGUGUGUACGGAAGGGCGUCUGAUCCUCGAGUUCGCCUUCGAUGACCUGAUGCGGAUCAAAACAUGGCACUUCACCAUCCGGCAGUAUCGUGAGCUCAUCCCACGCAGUGUCCUCGCCAUGCACGCCCAAGACCCUCAGCUCCUGGAGCAGCUCUCCAAAAACAUCACAAGGAUGGGUCUCACCAACUUCACCCUCAACUACCUCAGGUUGUGUGUCAUCCUCGAGCCCAUGCAGGAGCUCAUGUCCAGACACAAGACCUACAGCCUCAGCCCCAGAGACUGCCUAAAGACCUGCCUGUUUCAGAAAUGGCAGCGGAUGGUCGCACCUCCAGCAGGACACCCACAGAACUUCAAAACGGAGAUUUUCCCCACAAAUCACAAAAAAGAGCCCACUCGACAGACCACCACAAAGAGGAGAAAGAGAAAGAACUCCGCCAGUAGUGCGUCCAACAGUAGCCUAGGCAACAGCGCAGGCAGCAAGAAACGAAGCCCAGCAAACAGCUUUAACCUGACCAGCCAGGUACCUGAUGUGAUGGUGGUGGGCGAACCCACUCUGAUGGGUGGGGAAUUCGGCGACGAGGACGAGCGUCUGAUCACUCGCCUGGAGAAUACACAGUAUGACGCAACUAACGGUCUAGAUGACGACGAUGACUUCACCAGCUCACCAGCGCUCGGCAACAAUAGCCCCUGGGCCAGUAAGCCACCCACGGGCCAGGACAGUAAACCCGAGAGCACGGCCUCACAGGCCUCACAGUAAAGAGACACCACUUGCAGUGCUGUCAGUCCUCCACCAGGGCAGCACUCUCUCCUUAUCUCUUUAGCUCUGUCUCUUUUCUCUCUUUGACCUCACUUGCUACCCCGAUGAUAUCAUUCUCAUGCCAUGGUGUCAAUGAAAUUGCCAAUUUUCACCAAGAAGAUUCCUUCUCCAUGCUUAGGGCGAACCUUUGGGAAGCUGAACAGACUUUGCCAGCAAAAGCUCAACAAUGGAUACUUUUAAAAUCAAAAAGUGAAAAAGAAAUGUCAGUCUUUAAAAACUCGAUUUUACCAGUUCUAAAUGCCUUGAAAUAAGGGAACCUGCAUUUGUGUGUGAGAUGGUUUUGGGACAAAAUCAGCCCAUUUUUCAGCAUAUAAACUAUAGGUGGUCACCAAGGUAGCAAUACAUCUCCAUGGCGACUGCAGUUUUUAAUGGAACUGGACAACAGCCAAUCACUGAAGAGAUGGUUACUGUUGGUGGCCCUCUCAUUGGAGAGCUACUGAACUCCAAAGGCAGCCUCUGAGACCAACCUCUGCACAUUUAAAUAGUUUAAGGUUCACUUGUAUUUUUUUUAUUCCUCUACAUUUUCAGCUUGCAUUCCUUCAAAACGUUGCUUCUACAAAGACAGUCCUUAUCUUUAGCUUGCAUUGAAGCAGAGAAAAGCUUCUACAAUUGUGUAAUUUACAGUUGUAAUUUAACACCCCCAAAACUCACU